CCAUUGGCUGAACAAGUCACGUGACUCUCUCACUGCGCCCUCCGCCUUCCCGCCCCCCCCUCUUGCGCACUGUACAUUCAUAUCAUUUUUCUUCUCCGGACCCAUGGAGGAAGUGAGAAAGUUGGCACAGUCACCCAGGGCUUCGCAGGACCCGGUCACUCAGUGACAGAUGGACAAUGCAAGAAUGAGCUCCUUCCUGGAAUACCCCAUCCUCGGCAGUGGCGACUCUGGGACCUGCUCAGCGCGAGCCUACCCUUCGGACCAUGGGAUUACAACUUUUCAGUCUUGCGCGGUCAGUGCCAACAGCUGCGGCGGCGACGACCACUUUUUAGUGGGCAGGGGGGUGCAGAUCAGUUCACCCCACCACCACCACCACCACCACCACCACCAUCACCCCCAGCCGGCCACCUACCAGACUUCCGGGAACCUGGGGGUGUCCUACUCCCACUCGAGUUGUGGUCCAGGCUACAGCGCGCAGAACUUCGGUGCGCAUUACAACCCUUACGCGUUAAACCAGGAAGCAGACGUAAGUGGUGGGUACCCCGCGUGCGCUCCCGCUGUUUACUCUGGAAAUCUCUCAUCUCCCAUGGUCCAGCACCACCACCACCACCAGGGUUAUGCCGGGGGCGCGGUGGGCUCGCCUCAGUAUAUUCACCACUCAUAUGGACAAGACCACCAGAGCCUGGCCCUGGCCACCUAUAAUAACUCCUUGUCCCCUCUCCACGCCAGCCACCAAGAAGCCUGUCGCUCCCCUACGUCGGAGACGUCUUCUGCAGCACAGACCUUUGACUGGAUGAAAGUCAAAAGAAACCCCCCCAAAACAGGGAAAGUUGGAGAGUAUGGCUACGUGGGUCAAACCAACGCGGUGCGCACCAAUUUCACCACGAAGCAGCUCACAGAGCUGGAGAAGGAGUUCCACUUCAACAAGUACCUGACGCGCGCCCGCAGGGUGGAGAUCGCCGCGUCCCUGCAGCUCAAUGAGACCCAGGUGAAAAUCUGGUUCCAAAAUCGCCGAAUGAAGCAGAAGAAACGUGAGAAGGAGGGGCUCUUGCCCAUCUCUCCGGCCACUCCGCCGGGAAGUGACGAGAAGGCCGAGGAAUCAUCAGAGAAGUCCAGCUCCUCGCCCUGCGUUCCUUCCCCGGAGUCUUCUACCUCAGACACUCUGACUACCUCCCACUGAGGCCGCUCAGGCCCCAGGCCCGGCCGCUGGAGCUUUCUUGGGCUGGGACUUACCCAAAGCACAUUCUUAGCUUAUCUUUCUUGCAUUUACAGUCUGUCUCUUCCUUUCUGAUCCUAUCUAGGGAGCUCCUGGCUUGGACAAUGUGUUUCUAGAUAAUUCUGGACCACAGAUUUGGUGGACCACAGAUUUGGUGGGAGGUUAACUCCUAAUCCAGAUCAGGUACCAACAUAAUUUUCCUAAUGGAUUCUAAAAUCCCUCCUGCUUUUAGGAGAGUUUCACAGAACCUCCUGUUUCUUUUACUCACCCUUUGGAAAGUAGUUCUCUUUGCCAACAGAAACAUGCCCGAAGGAGGCCUCUUAUUUUUUCUCUAACUUAUACUUAGUCGUCUCUUAAAGGUAGUUGCCCUUAAACUUAGGACAUAGAGAAAGGAGACAGUCCAGGAGCUCAUGAAGAAGAAAUACACUGAGUGUGUUUACACAACUACUUCAUCUCUUAAUUUAAUUCAGUUUUAUGUGUGUGAGUUUGCUGGUUGUAAAUACUUGGUCCUGAGAGAUUUAUCUUUAUACAGAUUUUCUAGAAAUGUUUAGAUUAGAUGACUAAAACAGGGUGGGCAAACUCUCAAAACUGCUACAAUUUUAUAUAUGAUUAUAGAUGAAAGAAUACAUUUCCUCUUUUAAACCCAGUCAGAUGCCUCAGAGGGUAGCCUCAAUUUGUUCUUUCAGUGAGUUAAGAAAGGCUGCAGAGCACAAGGUUCAGAAACCUGGCUUCCUGUACUGUCUCUCCCCAUCCCUAUCCCUUUCUUCUUGCUUCUCUGGUCACCCUCCCUUUAAAAUUUGUACUGGAUUAUUCAAAACCUAAUGGCAUUAUUCGAAUCAACUUCUUCCUCCCACAGCUAUCUUAGCUGGAUAUGAUGUAUUUCAGCUCAAUUGUUAAUGUGAUGAAUGGCACAAUGAAUGUAUAUUUUGUGUGA